UCAAGUCGCAUACGACAGCUCCCUCAUUGAAAUAAACGAUAAAAAGCUAUCGGCUGGUCAAACGACGAGUCAUUCACUUUUCCAACGCUUUUGAGAACUUGACCACUAUCCACUCUGGCAAUCCGCUCAAGAAUAUGGUCAGGUGAAUAUAAUCAACGCUUCAAAUCAAGCGUACUCCGCUGACGCGGAUUGAACUUUAUGACCGUCGAUAAUGCUUCAUCCAACGGUUACCAGGUUCCUUCUACUUGUACAUUUGGCUCUAAAAUUUGGCAAUUUUUGAAAAUUGAAAAAUUAAAGAAACUCGCGCUUGAACUCCCAAUAUAAACCCUAAUUAAGCCGUCUCCCCUCAUCACUGAACUGAAUUGAGAAAGAGGAAAAAUGUCGGGUAGAGGAAAGGGAGGAAAGGGUCUGGGAAAGGGAGGAGCAAAGAGGCACAGGAAGGUAUUGAGGGAUAACAUUCAGGGAAUCACGAAGCCGGCAAUUCGUCGGCUAGCCCGUAGAGGAGGCGUGAAGCGUAUCAGUGGUCUCAUUUAUGAGGAAACCAGAGGCGUCCUCAAGAUCUUCCUUGAAAAUGUGAUACGUGAUGCUGUCACUUACACUGAGCAUGCUCGAAGAAAGACCGUAACUGCCAUGGAUGUUGUUUAUGCCCUGAAGAGGCAGGGUCGAACCCUCUACGGCUUUGGUGGUUGAUAUAUAUUUUUUUCUUCCUUUUCGAUGUUAGGUUUUAAUCAAAUGUUUGGUGUAAAGUUCUCAGUUGAGAAUUUGAAUCAUUCAGUUAACGGAAUCACAUAUCUGAAUCUGUAUUGAACUUAUUUGAAUAUAAUUCAUUUCAUUUCUACAA